AUGGGCUCCGUGCUACCCGCCGACGCUUUGGCUCUCAAGUCUGGAUUUAAGUGUCCGAGCCGCUCGCUGUCGGACGUGAUCACCUCGGACAUCCUGCACAGUUUCCUGUACGGCAGGUGGAGGAACGUGCUGGGCGAACACCUGGCGGAGGAGCGGCAGAGCGGCAGCGGCAGCGGCAUCAGCCCCAAGACCGCCUUCACCGCCGAGGUGCUGGCUCAGUCCUUCGCUGGAGAGGUGCAGAAACUGUCCAGCCUGGUGCUGCCCACUGAAGUGAUCAUCGCCCAAAGCUCGAUCCCUGGAGAAGGUCUGGGCAUCUUCUCAAAGACCUGGAUCAAAGCGGGGACCGAGAUGGGCCCUUUCACGGGGAGAGUCCUGUCCCCCGAACACGUGGACCUGCUUAAGAAUAACAACCUCAUGUGGGAGGUGUUUAAUGAAGACGGCACAGUGCGUUACUUCAUCGAUGCCAGUCAGGAGGAUCAGCGCAGCUGGAUGACCUACAUUAAAUGCGCCCGGAAUGAGCAGGAGCAAAAUCUGGAAGUGGUGCAGAUCGGCAGCAGCAUCUUCUACAAGGCUGUGGAGACCAUCCCACCAGACCAGGAGCUUCUUGUCUGGUAUGGUAACACUCACAACACAUUCCUGGGAAUCCCUGGAGUUCCUGGAACAGAUGAAGAGCACCAAAAGAAAAGCAGGAAUGAUGAGUCCCACUCCUGUGAAGGCGCUUCAUCAUGCUCCCCUCCCUCCUCCUCCACCACUGCCGGUCGCAUGCGCUGCGUCAUCUGCCACCGUGGCUUCAACUCCCGCAGCAACCUGCGCUCCCACAUGCGCAUCCACACGUUGGACAAGCCGUUUGUGUGCCGCUUCUGCAACCGUCGCUUCAGCCAAUCGUCCACGCUCCGCAACCACGUCCGCCUGCACACCGGCGAGCGGCCCUACAAGUGCCACGUCUGUCAGAGCGCCUACUCCCAGCUGGCGGGCCUUAGGGCGCACCAGAAGAGCGCACGGCACAAGCCGGUGACGUCCGGCGCAGACGUGCCCUCCCAGGUGUCCCCUCCUCCCCCACAGAUUACCACCAUGCCACACCAGCACCAGAUGCCGCUGGUGCAUCACAUCCCCACCAUGGUGCUAUGA